UGGGCUCAGCCCCCCAAUUAAGGGGGUCGAGGUUGGCCCUCUAAGUAUGAAACUGUCGUCGGAGGAACUGGAGCCGGUGGUGCUCUCCUCCAGCUGGAAUAACCAAGGCAAGUUCUUGCACCAUUUUGCCCAGGAGGGGGCGCUGCGGCAUCGAAGGCAAGCUGAGAAAGGGAAGCGAUUACGGCCUUGCCGGAUGGGAACCAUCUGCGCCGCUCACUAUGAAGUGCAAGCCACCGUAGGACGAGCUGGGAUGCAGGCAGAUGCCAACGGGACCAUCCGCGGAUGGGCAGAAGCCAAGCUCAACGCCACCAACCCGCUGCGCUACGACAACAGCCGCGGAGAGUUCACAGUGAUCAAACGGGGCCUUUAUUACCUGUAUUGCCAGGUCCACUUCAACGAGGGGAAGACGGUCUACAUGAAGCUGGACGUGAUGUUGAGCGGCCAGCUGGCCUUGCGCUGUUUGGAGCAGUUCCCCCCUACUAGCUCGGGACCCCGGGAAGCCGAACUGCACGUGUGUCAGGUGUCCGGAUUGCUUCUCCUGCGUCCCGAAGCCUCCAUCCGUCUUCGCACCAUCCCGGACGUCCGUCUGAAAGCGGACCGCUACCUCACCUAUUUCGGCCUCUUCCAAGUCCACACUGAUGUUUGGGUCCCGGCCAGCAGGGGACGGCAGAACCCCAAGGAAGUGGACACCGGGCUUUCGCCGAACAGGGAAGGCCGAAGGGUCGAAGGGUCAAAGUUCCCCAUUGGCUGGAAAGCGGGGAACGGGGCCGAGCCCUGCCCCGGUGUUCGGUUUCAAUGGCUGAGAAGCCCAAGUCCCAUCAUCCCAGCCGACGUGGCUGUGGUUGGGGCCCUCCGGGGCCUUCCAGACGGGGAGCUGGGGCGGGGGGCAGCUGUGGCUUAUGGGGGUGAAGUGGGGAUACCGGUCAUGUCUGGAGGUCCUGACCCCUCGGGGGAGCCUUCGAGAUCUGCGGCAGUGCCUAGACCUCAACCGGGCACCGGUUGCUGUGGUUGCAAGCCUAGAAUUAUCUGCGGGGCCGAUUUUGGGGGGGCGAGGAGCCCCAGGCCUAUCCCCCCACUUUUGGGGACUGCGGGGGUCUCGGAAUUGGGCUCUGUGGGGCAGGAAGCCCUCAAGGAGAAGCCGAGAUCCGGGAAGAAACUGGAAAGAACGAUGCCUCUCAAGAUUUGGAGAGGGGUGUUAAGCCCCUUCCCGGGGCUCGAUUCCUGGGGGCUGAGGCAGCAGCGCCCCCCAACCCCUUGGGCCGCCGUGGGGGUCCUGGCGGUGGGUUUGCUGGUCUGUCUCUUCGUGCUCUUCAGCAUCCAAGCCAGUCUGGAAAGUUUGAGAGAGGAGCUGGCCGCACUGCGGAGAGAAGGGGUGUGCCAGGCUCCUGGGACGGACGACAAUCGGGGUACCCCCGACUCACGGCAGAGGGAGGUCGGCAGCCCCCUGCCCGCCGCGCGAAGGACGAGAUGGACAAGGGAUGCGGGGAAGACACCCCAAGAUCUUCUCUCACGUCGCUGCAGAAAACAUUCGGUCUUGCAUUUGGUCCCUGCUCGUCAUUCCAACAACGAGGAGGGCGAUGCCACCGAGAUCUGGUGGGCCCCUUUCCUGCAACAGGGGCGGGCCCUGGAGCCCAGCGGGCAAGACGUGGUCAUCAAGAAGACGGGCCUCUACUUCGUUUACAGCCAGGUGCUGUAUGACCCCACUUUUACCAUGGGGCAGGUCUUACGGCGAGUCGCCUUAGGCAGGCCGGAUCAAAUCCUUUUCCGCUGCAUCCAGAGUAUGCCCCCGAAGGUGGAGAAGGCAUAUAACAGCUGCUACAGUGGAGGGGUUUUCCACCUGCAGCAGGGAGACCGUCUGAGUCUGCGCAUCCCCCGUUUCAACGCCUCCUUCGACAUCUCCACCCAUGGGACUUUCCUGGGCGUUCUCCGUUUGUAGAUCAUCUUUGCAGACCCCCGUCCCACCUCUGAGAAAGAUCCCCACAAAUCACGGGGUUCUAAAUUCAGAAGUGUCUCCUUCAUUAUGGAUUGCGGUUCGGGGCGAGGUAGACUUGACACAGCCGGGAUGCUCGGAUGCAGGAAAGAGACCGAUUCAAGAUGACGGUGGCUGAGAUUUCCUGCAGAAAAGCGGGGCAGACAAACGGAGCCCACCCUGGCUUAGAUUUCCGGGACUCCUUUGGAGAUCCUUCAGCUGGGAGAUCCUUAGAAUCUGCUCUUUGAGUUUGGAUCCAGCAAGAUCGAAGUCGCAACCAAUAUUUUCUUGCCUUUUGGAAUGAUGUUUUGCAAAUGUCCAGGAUCCGAGAGAUCUAACCCAGUUUUUCUCAAAUUGGCCGCUUUAAGACAUGUAGAUUUCAACUCCCAGAAUUCCCCAGCCAGUUCUUUUUUUUUCCACUUUGCUGAAUAUCAAGAUAUAUUAUGUUUACCGCAUACCCACCAUCUAUUAAGAAAGAUGGUAAAAAAUUGCAAUAAAGGUAGUUCUAGCCGCCUUUGUUCUUAUCCUAUCCAUGCUGAAUUCUGGGAAACCUUUCCCUGCUGGGGAAUUCUGGGAGUUGAAGUCCACAAGUCUUAAAGCGGCCAUGUUUGACAAACACUGGCAUAACUCCAUUUGCUGAAUCCCUCCUUUUCUCUGAAGCGGGACACAAGACGGAUGAAAUUCAGAUAGUCCUCAAUUUAUGACCGUUGGUUUAGUGACCCGAGUUACAACAAGCACUGAAAAAAGGAUCUUACAACCGCUCCUCACACUUACAACGAUCACAGAAUACUUGUGGUUCCAUGAUCAAAAUUUGGGCGCUUGGCAGCUGGCGUGUAUUUAUGACGGUGGCUGCGUCCCGGGGUCACUUGAUUUCCCCCUUUUACGACCUUCCCGUGCUGCCUUCUGACAAUGCGGGAAGCCGGAUUCGCUUAACGACUCCAAUUCACUUAACAACCACGGUAUCAAAUCCGGGGCGACUCACUUAGGGACCGCCUUGCUUAGCAAUGGAAAUUCUGGUCUCGGUUGCCGUCGUAAAUCGAGGACUACCUGCAAAAGCAGCAGAGGCAUUGUUAUCCCCUGGUUUAAACCUUUCUUCCAAAUGCAAUCUUGGUUUGAUACCCCUCUUUUACCGGGGGGAAAAAAAUGCCAAAUAUUUGAUGUCGUUUUACAAUCGCAAUGCAUAAAAUCUUGCAAGGAUUCCAAGAUGUUUCUUAUUUGCCAUUUGCAACCGUUGCAUUGUAAUUAGAAAAAUGUAUUUUUGCCCUUUUGGGCAAAAGAUUGUGGAGAACCUUUUUUUUUUUUUUUUUUUUUUUUGAAGGGGUAGCGGGAAAAAAAGCACUUUUUAAAAAUAAAAAUAAAAAGGUUUUUUUUAAAA